CGGCGGCUCCGGCUCCCAAGUCCCAACAUGAGCCAUGAGCCCAUGAGGUGACAGGACGCACUCCCCCACCACCAAACCGAGGAGGAAGACGACGCCCAGGAACCGGAGGAGCAGAGGAAGCUGGAGGAGGGCAAGCGCAUCUAAAGCCGGAUCGAAGCAUGAGGGCAUCGAUUAAUCGUCCGCCGACGCCGAGCGCGGAGGAGGAUCGGGACAAGGAGCCUUCUCUCGGAGAAAUCAUUAACAUCAAGUUGGUAGAGAGUGGGGAGAAGGAGAAGCUAAUGGAGCUCCUCCGCGAGCGGCUCGUCGAGUGCGGCUGGAGGGAUGAGAUGAAGGCACUCUGCAGGGCCUAUGCAAGGAAGAAAGGAAGAAAUAAUGUGACGGUAGAUGACCUCAUUCAUGUUAUUACUCCGAAGGGAAGAGCAUCAGUGCCUGAUUCGGUGAAGGCAGAACUCCUGCAACGAAUCCGGUCCUUCCUUAUGUCUACCACACUUCGGUAGUCAUUUAUCGCAACGGUUGGAGCUACAUGUACCAUUGUACGAACAUUGGGAGGUUGAUCUUGUUGGGGACCAAGGGUGCAGGAAAACAAUGUGUAGGGCAAUAUUGUGAGCAUGGAAAGAAUCAGUGUGAUCUUCAUGACACUGCGACAUGUUCCUCGUCAGACAGGCGGUUGGCACAAUUUCAGGUGUACCAAAUACACUUGCAAUCCUUGAAUACUGUAUUGUUAAAGGAACCUUCCACCCUGUAAUGCUGCAUUGUGUUAUAGUUGCUCAACUGAUGCUUGAUUUCACAAUUAAAAAACAAAAAAACACAAUCCGGAUAUGAAUGAUAAAACCCAUGUGCAUCAUGUGAAA